CUCUAGACACAAUGUAUUACAUGAGCCCUGUGAUGUUUGUCACAAUGUUAUGUUUGAGUUUGCACAUUGAAAGACCACUGGACGUCUUUCGAGCGGCUGUUCCAGAUCAAACUCCACUCCUAAUUUUUUUGUCCAGAUCUUUGUUGAUUAUGGCCGUUGGAGGGAUAUUAGGUUAGUCUCCGCCUAUCAACAUAACUACCUAAAUGUAUAGAUGCAUAUGUAUAUACUACUAUACUAUGUAUCUGUCAAUUUGGAUGGUCGAAGCUCACAUUGGAUUUUCAAAUCAUUUUUGUAUUAGCAUUUUUAAUGACCCUAUCCGAGAU